UCUUGAAGAAUAUAAUGAUUUUCAGGAAAUCCAAGUCGCAGCUAUUCAUUCAUUCAUUCAUUCAUUGAAAAAGGAUUUUAGAUCAUUUGGAAUUCGGGAUCAUUUUGGCGCGAUGAAGUCUCAAUCAACCUUAUUAUCGUUUUUUGAAACGAAACCCAAAAGUAUUUAUGAAGAAGAUAAUAAUAAGCUUCAUGAUGCUAUCAAGAGAACAAGAGAUUCAAAUGAUAAAACGCAUACUGAGAUAGUGAAAAAAGGUGCACGACUGCAAGCUCCCUUUGUUCCGAUAGAAGAAGCAACAGUUGAAAAGCAAGCUGCUGUAUCUGUUGAACGAGAGUUUUUUGGACACAAGUUAGACCUGAAGCAAAGACAAGAGAAAAGGAGAAGCUUGGGUCAGUCUGUCGAAGAACCUGCAAAUCAGAAGACAGGGGAGGAAAAGUGGUCAGAAACGAACCGCUGGGCUACAGAUAUUCGUGAUGAGCAGCAUCGUUUGCCUACUGAUGUAGAUUAUGAUCCUUCUACUCUGUAUAUUCCUCCGGAAGCAUUUCGACAGCUUUCACCUUUCCAGAAACAGUUUUGGGAGUUGAAAAGGAAACACUAUGGUACGCUCCAGUUUUUUGAUAGCCACAAAGCUCAAAAAACGCUAGAUAUUGUACUAUUUUUCAAAAAGGGAAAGUUUUAUGAGCUUUACGACUGUGAUGCCGAUAUAGGACAUAGCGUGCUCGGACUUAACUAUACUGCAGGGGGACGUGUCGAAAUGCGUUGUGUAGGUGUUCCAGAAACGAGUUUCGCGAGAUAUGCUUCAAAGCUUGUAGAUAAUGGGUAUAAGGUUGGAAGGGUUGAGCAGGUUGAAACAACAACUGCAGCAGCACAGCGAAGACGUUCUUCCGAUUCGGUUGAUUCCAAAAUUGCCGUUUGUCAACGUUCACUUGUUAGAAUUAUGACUAAGGGCUCGUUGACUGUCGAUGAGCUUAACGGUGACCCUUCUUCCCAUUUUCUACUUUGCAUUCAUCAGUGCAUAAGGUCGGAGAAGAUUGGAUUCUUUUAUUUGGAUGUUUCUGCGGGAUACAGUACUGUUGGAGAAAUGAAACAUGAUGCAGGACUGGCGGAUCUGGAAGCUAUUUUACUUUCAGUGCAACCUGUAGAAAUAAUCGCAAUCAAUUGUCAACAAAAAGGACCUCUUUCAGAACUCUUAAAGUACUUCACGAGUACUACAAACUGCUUACUGGUCCAUCAACAUUCUUCUUAUGGUUAUUCUCAGAGAGGAGCAAAUUUCCCGACACAGCUUGAGGAGUUUCUUUUACGACAUUCCACAGCUUCAAUAGCAUUGUUUGGAUGUCUUGAAUAUUUAAAAAGUUUGUAUAUAUCGGUGGAAGUUCUGCGUUUUGAUUCUACGGUGAUAUGGGAUAAAUGCUGUACCAAUGAGCAUAUUUCAAAGAACCUUUCAAAUGAAGUAAAUUGGGAAGACCGUUGCUUAGGAAAUUUAAGUCUAAUAGGUUCUACUAUUUUUAACCUUGAAAUUGUUACCUCACGGCCGAACAAAAUAGGAGGUCAUACUCUGCUGUCAUUCAUCGAUCACACAGCGACUGCGGGUGGAAAGCGGCUAAUCAAACAAUGGAUAUGUACACCUCUAAUAUGCAGGUCACAAAUUGAGCGACGAUUGGAUUCGAUCGAGAUAAUUUUGAGGAAAGAUUCUAAAAGCAAUAUUUUAGAUCAAGUACGGAAACAAUUGAGUCAGUUUCCAGAUAUUGAACGACAAAUAGUCAAAAUUCAAAAUAUGGCAUAUUGUAGUCACCAGAUUGUGAUGUUUGACGAUUCUGAAAAACGAAAAGUCCUGGAAUUUUUAAAGUUUCUUAAAUGUCUUGAUCAUGCCGUUGAGUUUUUGAAGAAACAGUUACCAGUCAUAUUGUUUCCUGAAUUUGACUCUUUUAUUUCAUUUAUACAAAAUUUUGAUAAUAAUCUUCUUCAUAAGUGUCGUAACGUUCUGGAUGAUCUAUUCAAUGAGUUUCCUGAUCUGGACAGGACCGAAAAUGGUGAAAUGAAUUUCUCAGAAGAUUCGACAUUCAAGAACGAAAUUGAAGGCAUAGAGUUGCGUUUACAACGUAUUUUGGAGGAUUUUCGAGAGCAGAUGAAUAUAGACAUACAGUGGUUUCAUCGGUUUCGAGAAGCAUAUCAACUGGAGUUCUCACAGUCAGCUCUGGAAAAGACAAAUAUUCCGGAUGACUUUGUUCUUAUGUCGCAGACAUCUGACAAGAAACGUUUCUGGACUCCCGAAAUCAAACAGCUAGUGAAGAAGAGAAAUGAGUUACUUGAGGCACACACUAUUUCUGAGUCUUCCAAGUUUAAGAAAAUUCUUCAAAAGUUUGAUGACUCUGCUAUACUUUGGAGAGAUUUGGCCAAAAUAAUUUCGGAACUGGAUGCAUUGUUUUCACUGGCUCGAACAUCUCGCUCUUCAACAGGUAUGAUGUGCAGACCUGAGAUUAUUGAUUCAGACAUACCACGUCUUGUGGUUGAAGAAUUACGACAUCCCUGCCUAGCUGAUAUGGGAGAUCUUUAUGCCUCUGGUUCUUGUCGAACUUUUAUUCCAGUUUCUUUGAAUUUGGGAGGAGUCGAAGGAACUUCCUUUGUAAUAAGAGGCCCUAAUAUGGGAGGUAAAUCUACGCUUUUGAGGGAAAUUUGUCUUGGUGUUAUUCUAGCACAAUGUGGCUGUUAUGUUCCUGCAAAGAAAUUUCAAUUUACUCUAUUUGAUAAGAUAUUCACCCGAAUGGGAGCGUCUGAUGCUAUUGGCCGUGGUCAAAGUACCUUUUUAUUAGAAGUUCAGGAGGCUGCCGCAAUCCUAAACACCGCAACGAAAUCAUCUCUUGUUGUUAUCGAUGAACUUGGCCGAGGAACCUCUACCUAUGAUGGCUAUGCUAUCGCUAAAGCGGUUUUAAACGACAUUUCGACUCGCAUAGGUUGUCUUUGCUUUUUUUCUACUCAUUAUCAUAAUCUCAUUCAUGAAAAAUUGCCAAGUAAUAUUCGAUUCUUUGAAAUGCAGGCAGAGGUUGAUGAGGAAAAGAAGGACGUAACAUUUCUUUACACUUUGAAGCAAACUUCAACAAGUUUCGUGUCGAGCAGAGGGGUUUAUUGUGCAAAGAUGGCCAAUCUUCCUGGGGAGAUUUUGAUACGUGCGGAAGACCCAAAGGUCAGGGCCUUGUUGAAUGGAAUGGAUCAAUCUUAUGAUGAAAUGGAGGCGGAAUUUCUUAAAGUAUUUCACUCAUAAACCAACAGUUUGGGAUUGAAUUCAGAGACGUGGCGGGCAGUGUUGUUGAACAGAGGAAAAGGAUGGAAAUAAAUCGUCAGUCCUAACAAGGUUUUCGAGUCUUUUAUCAACUAGGUUUCAAUCAUUGUAACACGAGGUUAAUCACAGCUCUAUUUUCGAUACCAAAUUUGUUUUGUAAAUUUAAUGACCAUCCGUGCUUGUUUUUUUGACUUUUGCUCGAAACUCACGAAUGCUUGUUUGAUCUUGAACCCCAAACCACCAUUCUGUGCUGGAAACUGUGACUUACAAUGGAUGACUUUUCUAGGAAGAAUCUAUACGAAAAAUUUCAUAGCAUUCAAAUAGAAAUGGUUCAAUUCUUUGCCUUGUUCUUGUAUUAGUGAAACCAUAGUGACCAUCUUACUUUGAGACUCUGAUUUCCCAGUAAUUGAUAGUUUGUUUAUUUUCCAACUGCUUCGAUUUCACGGAUCUUAGAAAAUCUUCAGAGUUACAGAGAGAAUUUCGACAGACUUUAUGACUAGUUCUUUGCUUUGACUUAUUGUGCUUUACUUUGGUGAAAGGAAAACUAUUGAAUGUUCAAGAUGUUAAGAAUCAUAUAUUAUCUAUUAACGAGUGCUCGAGCAUGCUAUAAAGUUUUUAUAGAUCUU